AUGUCGUGGAAGCUGACCAAGAAGCUCAAGGACACGCACCUCGGCCCGCUGAGCGCGUUUUCCCGGUCGCCGUCGACUUCCACCAUCACCGACAAAGAUGAAAAGGGGACCAGCCCCGGCGCCACCACGCCGACCAGCGAGACUGUUCCUGGCGGCGCAGAGGCCCUGUCACAAGCGCCGGUCGUCAAGAAGCCCGGCAUCUUGGUCGUUACCAUCCACGAAGGCCAGGGCUUCUCCCUGCCCGAGCAACACAGAAGCGCAUUCGCGUCCAGCCACCAGAGCUCUCGCUCCUCGGGCGGCGCCUUGACCGGCUCUGUGCGCCCAGAUAAAACCGUUGCUGGGUCAUAUAGCAACGGCGCGAGACCGCAUUCUUCUGGCGGCGGAUUUGGCCUUUUGCCGACCAAUCACGGCCGCAUUUCCGGCAAAUACAUGCCCUAUGCGCUCAUCGACUUCGACAAGGUGCAGGUGUUUGUCAAUUCGGUCGAAGGAAACCCCGAGAACCCCCUGUGGGCUGGUUCAAAUACACAGUACAAGUUUGACGUUUCAAGAGUGACGGAGCUGGUGAUUCAUCUGUACAUGCGGAACCCUGCUGCCCCCCCUGGGGCUGGACGAAGCCAAGACAUCUUCCUGGGCGUGGCCCGGAUAAACCCCAAGUUUGAGGAGAGACAGCAUGCCACCGACGACGCAAAGGCUAGCAAAAAGGAUCGCGAAAAGGCGUCCGAGGCCCAGCGUCAAAAGGGAGAGGGCCAUGCUGGCGUUGAGUGGGUCGAUGUCCAGUACGGCACGGGCAAGAUCAAGGUUGGGGUUGAGUUCGUGGAGACACGGGCGGGAAAGCUCAAGAUUGAAGACUUUGAACUGCUCAAGGUGGUGGGCAAAGGUAGUUUCGGCAAGGUGAUGCAGGUGCGCAAGAAGGACACCAAUCGAAUCUACGCGCUCAAGACGAUCAGAAAAGCGCACAUCAUCUCUCGAUCAGAGGUGGCCCAUACUCUGGCUGAGCGGUCUGUGCUGGCGCAGAUUAACAAUCCCUUCAUCGUCCCCCUCAAGUUCAGUUUCCAAUCGCCCGAAAAGCUGUAUUUUGUGCUGGCAUUCGUCAACGGAGGAGAGCUCUUCCACCAUCUGCAGAAGGAGCAUCGCUUUGACGUUAAUAGGUCAAGGUUCUACACUGCAGAGCUUCUGUGCGCUUUGGAGUGCUUGCACGGAUUUAGCGUCAUCUACCGAGACUUGAAGCCGGAGAACAUCUUGCUGGAUUACCAGGGCCAUAUUGCGCUAUGUGAUUUCGGCCUCUGCAAGCUGGACAUGAAGGACGAGGACCGAACGAAUACAUUUUGCGGUACCCCUGAGUACCUCGCCCCCGAGCUUCUCCUUGGUCAGGGAUACAACAAGACUGUCGACUGGUGGACGUUGGGCGUUUUGCUCUACGAGAUGUUGACUGGUCUUCCCCCAUUCUACGACGAGAACACCAACGAAAUGUACAGAAAGAUUCUGUCCGAGCCGCUGCAUUUCUCCGACGUAGUGCCCCCGGCUGCCAAGGACCUUUUGACCAAGCUGCUGAACCGGGACCCGAAGAAGCGACUUGGCGCCAAUGGCUCGGCCGAGAUCAAGGCCCAUCCGUUCUUCCACGAUAUCGACUGGCGCAAGCUCCUCCAGCGGAAAUACGAACCUACAUUCAAGCCUAGCGUGGCGGAUGCCAUGGACACAACCAAUUUUGACGAUGAUUUCACAGGAGAAGUCCCGCAGGACUCAUAUGUAGAUGGACCCAUGCUGUCUCAGACGAUGCAGGACCAGUUCCAGGGGUUCAGCUACAACCGCCCCAUUGCGGGCUUGGGAGAUGCCGGCGGAAGUGUCAGGGACCCCUCAAUGACCACCGCUGAGCUAAGCGCUUUGGUAAGCAACCAACCAAUUGCAGCGGGCCGCCAAGUUCCAGCAAAGUUCCAGCAAAGUUCCCAGGUUCCCAGUAGUGAGGUCAUCAGUGAGGGGCAGUGGCUCAAGCUCACUGAGGAAAGCAUCAGAGCAUGGGGAGCUCCCCCCUCUGUCAGGCCAGAAAAAGCUGCAAAGCCACAUACACAUAAAACCUCCGUCCAGUCUGUUGCGGCAUUUCGACUCCCGGCAUUGCAUCUCGUCCAAGCGGCAUCUUCCGAGUUUACGCUUUCGUCAAUUGCUUGCUUGCUGAGCAACAGCUAUUCCUGCUGCUCGAAUCUUCAUCAGACUACCCAACAACUUGUAUCACCAAAUAAAACAGACAAACGACACGCAAUGGCUCCGGCAAACACCCUCCCCGCGUGGAGCGAGCUCCAGGCUCACCGCGACGACGUGGCCAAGAACUUUGUGCUCAAGGAGGCCUUUUCCUCCGACGCCGACCGCUUCAGCCGGUUCUCGCGCACCUUCAAGGCCGCCGGCUCGGCCGACAUCCUCUUCGACUUCAGCAAGAACUUCUUGACCAACGAGACGCUCGACCUGCUCGUCAAGCUGGCCGAGCAGGCCGGCGUCGAGCGCAAGCGCGAUGCCAUGUUCCGCGGCGACAAGAUCAACUUCACCGAGAACCGCGCCGUCUACCACACCGCGCUGCGGAAUGUCGGCGGCUGGGACAUGAAGGUCGACGGCGUGGACGUCAUGAGCGGGCCCAACGGCGUCAACAGCGUGCUGGACCACAUGAAGGAGUUUUCGGAAAAGGUCCGCAGCGGCGAGUGGACUGGCUUUUCCGGCAAGAAGCUGACCAAUAUUGUCAACAUUGGAAUUGGUGGCUCUGAUCUCGGCCCUGUCAUGGUCACCGAGGCUCUCAAGUACUACGGCGCCCCCGACAUGACCCUCCACUUCGUUUCCAACAUCGACGGCACUCACAUGGCCGAGGCGCUCAAGGCCUCUGACCCCGAGACCACCCUCUUCCUCGUUGCCUCCAAGACCUUCACCACAGCAGAGACCACCACCAACGCCAACACCGCCAAGUCAUGGUUCCUCGAGAAGACCGGCGGCAAGGGAGACGUCGCCAAGCACUUUGUUGCCCUGUCCACCAACGAGGCCGAGGUCACCAAGUUUGGCAUCGACAGCGCCAACAUGUUUGGCUUCGAGAGCUGGGUCGGCGGCCGCUACUCUGUGUGGAGUGCCAUCGGCCUGAGUGUUGCGCUGUACAUCGGCUACGACAACUUUUACAAGUUCCUCAGCGGUGCCCACGCCAUGGACAAGCACUUCCGAGAGACUCCCCUGAAGGAGAACAUUCCCGUCCUAGGAGGUCUGCUGAGUGUCUGGUACUCUGACUUUUUCCAGGCCCAGACUCACCUGGUUGCUCCCUUCGACCAAUACCUUCACCGAUUUCCUGCCUACCUCCAGCAGCUGUCCAUGGAGUCUAACGGCAAGGCCAUCACUUCUGAUGGUUCCACCGCCAAGUACACCACUGGCGCUAUCCUGUUCGGCGAGCCUUGCACCAACGCCCAGCACUCCUUCUUCCAGCUGGUCCACCAGGGCACCAAGCUGAUCCCCACCGACUUCAUCCUGGCCGCCAAGUCCCACAACCCCAUCCGGGACAACCUGCACCAGAAGAUGCUGGCAUCCAACUACUUUGCCCAGGCCGAGGCUCUCAUGGUCGGCAAGACUGACGACCAGCUCCGAGCUGAGGGCACGCCCGAGGAUCUCAUCCCUCACAAGCGCUUCCUCGGCAACCGACCAACCACCUCCAUCCUGGUGGGCGAUGUCAUCGGCCCGGCUGAGCUGGGCGCCCUGAUUGUCUACUACGAGCACCUGACUUUUGUCGAGGGUGCCAUCUGGGACAUCAACAGCUUCGACCAGUGGGGCGUUGAGCUGGGCAAGGUCCUUGCCAAGAAGAUUCUCAAGGAGCUCGACGAGCCUGGCAACGGCGAGGGCCACGAUACUUCCACUGGUGGCUUGAUUGGAGCUUUCAAGCAGUUUGCCAAGUUAAACAGUUAA